GCGCCGGGGAUGGCGCGGGGCCACGGGUUCCGCCGCGGGGCGGAGGCGGAGAAGGGGAAGCAGAGGGCGGAUUCGGAGGAGCGGGAUCGGGGCGGGUUCGUCUUGCGGGAGGAUGAGGAGGAGGGGGAAGAGGAGGAGGCGCGGUCCGAGAGCUCGUCGAUCGGCGCGGCGUCGUCGGAGAGCUCAUCGAUCGGGGACGACUCCUCGUCGGAGAAGGAGGAGGAUGGCGAGGAGGAGGUGGAGAGCGAGGCGAGGGCGCCGGUGGAGGAGGUGCUCGGCAUGGGGCUCGGAUCGCUCGACUCCCUCGAGGACGCUCUGCCCAGCAAGAGGGGGCUGUCGAACUUCUACGCGGGCAAGUCCAAGUCGUUCACGAGCCUGGCGGAGGCGGCGGCGAAGGCUGCCGCCAAGGAGAUCGCCAAGCCGGAGAACCCCUUCAACAAGCGCCGCCGCGUGCUGGCCGCCUGGUCGCGCCGCAGGGCGUCCUGCAGCUCGCUCGCCACCGCCUACCUUCCCCCGCUCCUCUCCCUCGACCACACCGUCGUCGAGGGCGACGAGCACGAGGAGGAAGACGAAGACGAAGACGAAGAUGAGAAGGCGGCGGCGCCGCCCAGCAGCAGCAGCAGGUUCCCUCCGCCCAGGCUGGGCGGCCUGCACAGCGCGUCGCAGAAGGGCGGCGCCAUGGGGGCCAGGAGCGGCAUGAGUCCUAGGGGCGCGAGCUCCUUCCGGUCGCCGAGGUCCUUCUCCCUCUCCGAUCUCCAGAACGCGAGCUACGACUAGUCGACUAGCUCAAAAUCUUGGAUCGAAUUUAGGCUGUUCGAGAUGAUGAUCCUGCUGCCGCGAGUACUGUAUAAUCAAGCAAAGAUAGUAGUCUGUCUCUAUACAAGAACACCCAUUAAUUUGCCGUGUUUCCCUGUCUGCCUCUGUCUUGGAUGGAUAGAAUGAAUCUCCUGGUUGCUGCUGGUGGCAUGGCAUGGCUUGUUCUGAAAAUGGAUCGGGUACUGGACAUAUCCAUCUCUGUCGACAAGACGACAUGCUCUUCUUCUGAACCAUGUCUUGUUCUUCUUUUUCUGGAACGGAUGUGUUUCAUCUUCUUAACCAACCAUGUUUUUGCAUUCUCA